CUGCCGCCUGGGGGCGGGUCGUGUGUGGACUGUUGUGGAUAUGGAAAAUGGACAAUUUAACACGCACAUUCAUCAUUCAUAUCCCGACGGGGAGACCUGCGCUUGCACGCUGAAUUGAUUCGCAAAUGCCCGGCCGUGGUGUGAAAAGGAAAAUUACCAGAGAGGGGAAGAGCCUGGCUCGCCACCCGGAGGGGCCCUGCAGACGGCAGUCGCGCCAGGCACCAUGAGGCAGCAAGCUUGGCCUGAGAGAGCGGAGAAAUCACCCUUCAUCACUCUCAACCGGGCUGGGCAGCGGAGGAAAUGCACACAGAAGCAGCGCAUGCCACAGCAGACACAGGCUAAUACACACAUCUGAGAGUACAGUGGAGAGCAAAUGGGGAAGGCAGAAAGAGACUGAGAGAGGGGAGUCAGUAACUCAGAUUGCGUCAUUCUAAAUGGCAGAGUGGACUGGGCCACCCUCAGAGGCAGUGAUGUCCUUGUUAACGCAUUGUCCUUCGUUAGAACCUCCUUGUUAGAAAUCACAAGUCAGUCCCCCGCCCCUGUGAGGCUACAGAGCUGAGGGGCAGAGGAGAGGAAAAACAGAGGACGAGAGAGAGAGACCGAGCGGAAAAAAGAGACUGUGACAGGCCCCCAUGCAGGCCCGUAAGAAGUAUGUUCUGCUGGGCUUGUGUGCGUGCUGCUGGCUGGUCCUCUUUUACUGGGGUGGAGGAGUCCAGCUACGUCUGCUCCGGCUGCUGACACGCCAGCGGGGUGAAGUGGUGCGCCCCUGGCCCAACUGGACCGACAGGGCUUUCCUACCCCGCUAUGCCCACCUGGAUGAGCUCCAGACGGACCCUGGGACGGCUGAGUCGCCCCGCCAGCGCCGUCAGGCCUGGUCUGCCAUUUAUAAGGACAGUCGCUGCCGCAUGGAGACCUGUUUUGACUUCUCACGAUGUCGCCGCAGAGGAAGGGAAGGGUUCAGGGUGUAUAUAUAUCCAUCAGAGAAAAAUGAUCGUGUGUCAGAAAGCUACAGGAAGAUCUUGACGUCCAUAGGUGAGUCCCGUUACUACACAUCAGACCCCCGUGAAGCAUGCCUAUUCGUGCUCGGGAUAGACACCUUAGAUCGGGACCAGCUAUCAGGACAGUUUGUGCCCAAUGUGGAUGAACGUAUCCGUGGUUACCCGCUGUGGAAUGACGGGCGGAACCACCUGAUCUUCAACCUGUACUCAGGCACCUGGCCUAACUACACAGAGGACCUGGGCUUCAACAUCGGCCAGGCCAUCUUAGCCAAAGCCAGCCUCAACACAGAACACUUCAGGCCAGGCUUUGACGUCUCCAUCCCGCUGUUCUCAAAGGAUCACCCACAGAAGGGUGGAGAGCGGGGCUGGCUGGUGAGAAACACCAUACCCCCACGAAGGAAGUACCUGCUGAUGUUCAAGGGGAAGCGUUAUCUGACAGGCAUUGGCUCAGACACCAGAAACGCACUCCAUCACAUCCACAAUGGGAAGGACAUUGUGUCGUUGACGACAUGCCGCCAUGGGAAGGACUGGGAGAAGCACAAAGACGCCCGCUGUGACCAUGAUAACCUGGAAUAUGAGAGGUUUGAUUACCAGGAGCUCCUCCACAACUCCACUUUCUGUUUGGUGCCUCGAGGUCGACGUCUGGGCUCCUUUCGCUUCCUAGAGUCUCUGCAGGCGGCGUGUAUCCCAGUGCUGCUGAGUAAUGGUUGGGAGCUGCCGUUCUCUGAUGUCAUACAGUGGAACCAGGCGGUCAUUGAGGGAGAUGAGAGAUUACUACUACAGGUGCCAUCCACAGUGAGAGCGGUGGGGAAUGAGAGAGUCCUGGCCCUCAGACAGAGGACCCAGAUGCUGUGGGAAGCCUACUUCUCUUCUGUGGACAAGAUAGUCCUCACCACACUGGAGAUCAUUAAGGACCGCGUGUUCUCCCACAUUUCGAGGAACAAGUACAUGUGGAACUCCCUGCCAGGAGGCCUGCUGGUCCUGCCAGAGUACUCCACUCACCUCGCACACUUCCCUUUCUACUACCUGGGAUUAGGUGUCAGUCCGGGUCAAGAGUUCACUGCUGUCAUCCAUGCUGUUUCCCCAUUGGUCUCCCAGUCUCAGCCAAUCAUGAAGCUGCUUCAGGUGGUCUCCAAGUCAAAAUACUGCUCGCAGAUCAUCAUUCUCUGGAACAGCGAGAAGCCGCCACCCAGUCGGAGCAAAUGGCCUCCCAUGCCCGUCCCCCUCACAGUGACAGACGGCAGGAGGAAGACCACCAGUCGGUUCCUACCUCACGUUGCCAUAGAGACAGAAGCAGUGCUGAGUCUGGAUGAGGAUACAGUGCUGCUGACCAGUGAGGUGAACUUUGCCUUCUUGGUGUGGCGGAGCUUCCCUGAACGGAUCGUGGGCUACCCUCCCAGGAGCCACUUCUGGGAUCCCCUGAAGCGUGCCUGGGGCUACACCUCUAAAUGGACCAAUGACUACUCCAUCGUCCUGACUGGAGCUGCCUUCUACCACAGGUACUACCACUACCUGUUCUCCCACUACCUACCCCAGUCUCUGCGGACUCUGGUGGAUCGCACCUCCAACUGCGAAGACAUCCUGAUGAACUUCCUGGUCUCUGCUGUAACCCACCUGCCGCCAAUCAAAGUGGCUCAAAGGAAGCAGUACAAAGAGUUGCCCAGUCCACAGGGUACAAAGAGUGUCCCCUGGGCCAACCCGGAGCACUUCAACCAGCGGCAGGAGUGUGUCAACACCUUCGCCAACUGGUUUGGCUACAUGCCCCUGGUCCACUCACAGUUUCGCCUGGACCCCGUGCUCUUCAAAGAUCAAGUGUCUGUCCUCCGAAAGAAGUACAAAGACCUGGAGAGAGCUUGAAAAUGACGGACAAAAUGUACAAAAAGGCUUGAAAGCAUCGAGUUUCUGGUCUAGUGGCCUUUUGGACAGACAAAUGGACCAAUCGAUGGACAGUCAAGAGGGGAAACUCAAGACUGUCUGGGAUGUGGACAAAAUGGCAGUGUGGUCUGUUUGUGACAUGGACAAAGUACAAUCAUCAGACAGCCCCUGGUGGACUGUUCUGGACUAUAUACAUAUAAAUAUGAAGAGAAAAGGGCCUAUAUAAGUUUGAGAGGAGCUUCAGAUGAUUCUCCCACCUCCACGAGUCUGUUAAGACAACAAAGGAGGAAAUUUCGGGGCCUUGAAAGAGUCCCUGAUGUUGGGUCUUUCACAAAGAAAGGACAAUCUCUAUUGGACAGCAAAAAAAAUGAGCGUGUGUGAACACUUCAGAUGUCAGUGCUAUUGCUGUGACGACGAGGAAAGAAAUGGCCAUCUAAUGCCAGAAGGGACUGGUAUCGGUGCCAUGCACUCCAGCUGUCAAUGUGUAUCUCAGCGUUACAGAGCAGGGACUGUUGCCAUGGAAACAGAUCAUUUCACAUCAAAAUGCUAACUGUAAAACCAAUAAAAUGAUUUAUAAAUGCAAAUCGUGGCAUGAUGGGGCAUUAAGUUUGAAUUUUUUCUUUGCCCUUACUUGGCACACACCCUCUAUUCAAAGUCUAGGACAUAUGAUACAUCAUGAGAUACUCAAGCCUUAAGUGAGACUGACAGUAACUGGACACAUUUGGGUCCUGUAACUCCACAUGUACGAGGAAGACAACACGGAAUAAUCUCAAACCAAUUUUGAGAAGAAGGAGCAUCCUGGCUGCAUUACCCAGGAUGAGACUGUCAUUUCCUUUGAAAAAGUGGAAAAGUAGAAUCAUGUGUUGAGCGAGGAACAGGCAAAAGAAACUAGACUUACACACUGAAUCAACUUUGAUUGUUUUGUGGUGAGUUGCAGUGUUGGCAAUAUCAGCUGUAGAGAUGUCUGCCUUCUCUCAACUGUAAUGAAACUAGAUGCCUCUCGGCUUGUGGUGCUCAAAGCGCCAAAAAAGAAAUUUGAAAAAUCUGAACAACAAUGUCGCUUUUUCCAGAAAUCAUUACCCGGUUACUCAAGAUAAUCCACAGACCUUGCUAUGAGCAGUUUCAUGUAGGAACUAUUUUCUGUCUACUGAACAACACCCACCAACUGUAUCACUGUGCAGAAGGAAGUGUGCAUCUACUCAUGGAUGUGAGCCUCGUGACAGGACGAGAUGUAAACAAUGACGUCCUCAUCGGUUGAGCUGUAACGUUAGCUUGCUCAGUGGUGCUAUGUGAGCUAGCAGUAGAGGCCAAUUCCUUCUGCACGGAGAUACGGUUUGAGGGUGUAGUUCAGAGGAAGGAAUCUGUCAGUUUUUAUUUCUGGAAAGACACACUGCUGUUAAGUUUUUCAAAAGUAUUUUUGGCACCACAAGCUGAGUUCCAUCAAGUUCUGCAGUAUUUAAGAGAAGCCAGACAUCUAUACAACCGACAUCUUUAACACUCUGCGACUCACACCAAACAAUCUAGAUUCGUAAAUAGCACUACAGGAAAGAGAAAAAAUAUGUACCAUGACUCAAAAUCUAAAAGCUUAAACAAUUUGCUCAAAUCUUUUAAAAUAAAUUCUCUGCCGAUUGACGAAUUGUUUCAGUUUUACUCUCAGUUACCAUACUACAUAUUAAUAUUUCGAUACAGUUCAUAUAUUGUAAACAUACGCAGCUCAUACAAACUGAGACAAACAUAUUUUCCUAUCCAAUGGAUACAGUGAUAAUUUGUGCCGUGUACUGUAGCAUCUCACACAAAUAUCAUCCUGGGCUUUUAUUUUCCUGGCAAUCAAUUUGACGGAGAGACUCUUUGGGCCACCUGAACUGGCUGUAAAAUUAUUCUAAAUACAAUUACAGCAAUCAGAAGCGCUACUCAAUCACAUGUCCUUGGGAUCCAGGCUAACAGUCUGAUGUAGUGUAGGAGUGCUACAAUGAUGAGCUGUUGGUGUGUAAAGGAAGAUGACUACAAAAGGUCAGGGUCAGAACACGCAUCAGUGUGUCGGUGGAUAUGCCUUCAUGUACUUCUACAAUAUCUCGAUUGUGAAGGAGAUCAUGCAUUCCCACGUCGACCCUCAGGGUUGGAAGUGAAACAAUGACGCACACACUUAAGUCUGAGCUGGCCUGUUUUGUAUCAAGAAGCCGCACUUAAAGUAUAUGUCGAGAAAUUUUGUUAAAAAAAAAGUUUAUUUCAUACAAAACAGAAAUGACCCCAGCAGGCCUUCCUUUUGUCCCACAGUUUACAAAAAUAAAUUCACAGGCAAGCAAGUCUCGACGCCCUCAGGGUAAACAGGUGUGCUGUCUAGCACUCAGGAAGCUAAUCUCAUUAAGCACAUGCACACACACACACACACUUAUGUACAAAGCACCUGAGAUACAUAGCUGCCAAGGGGCUAAUUUGAAUUCUGAACUCAUAGUGUUUUGUUUUUUUACAACUGACAGAGCAUAAUAAGGGCGAUUGUUCUUAUUGUAAACACAGUCGUCAGAUCAGCUUCUGUGCUUUCUGGAUGAAUUACCUGCAAUGAAUUCAAGUCUGUCUGGUGUUGAGUCAGCACCCGAGGGCAAAACACCAUGAAUGCACUGUUUCAAGAAAACUUUCUGUUUUUACCGGAAGCAAUACAGGUUUCAACUCAUUAUUUAAGCGGUACGGAAACAGGAGUCCAUAACAUAUUCACAUAUACACAGUGACAAAACAACAGUUGUAGAGCACUUGGCAAAGAUUAAUCGGGUUGUCAGCUGCCUUUUACAAAGAGACAAUGAUGUUGGAGUUGGAGUCUCCCAGGUUGUUGUAGCAGUUUGUGCUUUUUUUAAGCUUUCAUUAAAAGGAAAUGUUGAUAUUCUUCAACCUGGAGCCUUUUUUUCACAUGUUUUGUGUCUAAGUGACUAGUGGAGACCGGUACUGAGAGACCGUUGGAGCUGCAGUGGCGAAACAGGCUGCAGUGUAAUCCCUACAGGCAAUUGUGUCCAUUUACAUCCACUAAAUGUGCUUGUUUUUGCCACUGACAGGUUUACAUUGUGUAAGUUCAGUUGUUUAAGUGUCUGACAAGAUUAAGCAAAAAAGACCCUGCAGUGAAACGAAAUGUUUUUCUUUACCUUUGGCUGAUCCGUUCUGUUUGUUAUUGUGUGUACCCACGUCUUGCUCAAGAAGAAGCUCUGAAAUCUUGUGGACUUCUCCACACUGUUGAAAUCAGCUAAACAUUCAGCCAUGACUUUCAAAAUCUAUCAGAUAAAUCUUUAAGACUGCAGACCUCGAUGUACAUCCACUGGAAGUGCUCGUUUUUUUCCAAGGGAGGCUCAGAUUGUUAUUUUAAGCGGCAGACAGCAUUAUGGAAAGGACCCUGCAGAGAGAUAAAAUGUUUUUCAGUACCUUUCGCUGGUCUGUUUGUUAUUGUGACCUGGCCUUGCUCAAGGAGAAGUCUCAUUCUACAGACUCAAGAAAGGAGACUUGUUGCAAGAAAAAACAUCUGUGAGAGUUGGAGAGAGGAGUGCCGGGACGAGUUUGUUGUGUUGGAGUACAAAAAGUGUGGCUUAGUGUUAUCAAAAAGAUUUUCAAUGUCACGGCUGAAUAUUUAGCUGAUUGGGAAAAGUCUGAGAGAUCUCAGAGAGAGACCGUUCCUUCAGAGAACCUUGGUUACACACAACAACAAACAGACUAGUGGAAGGUCUUUUCAUUUUUCUUUUGGGUCUUCUCCAUAAUGUUAGCAGACAAUAAUAAGAA